AUGAUCGAUGAUGUAAUUACUAUCGUAUCUACUCUGAUCGAUGCCACAGUGACGGUCUCUAACGUCAUUCGCAGCCUUUGGGCAAUCUUCGCUCUCCCUAUAACGAUCGUCGUAUCGUUCCUAGUGGUUCUUGCAUUGGUUGCAUUCAAUUGGUAUAUAACAUGGAUCCUCGUGCUACGUCAUUUGGGUCCCUUUAAAGACUUUAUGAAGGCGAGAGCGAAGCGCUUAGCAGCGGAAGAGGCUGCGGCAGCAGAAAAGAAGAAGAAAAUGGAAGAGGCCACAAAAAAUAAGCAGAUACGAAGACGAGUACGUAUAGGUCUUUUCGGCCCAUACACCUCGAGACGCUACUCCUCCGAGUCGACCACCCGCCGCAGACCGGUCUUUCUCCCAGCGCCGAUGAGCAUUGGUUAUUGA